GGCCUGCUGUGUUUUCAACGGAGGGAGAGCCGAGAAGAAAAAUGGCGUCUGCUGGCGACCCAGAGCGGGACACCGGCCAUUCAGUUUGAGCUUUCCACCCCCCAAACAGAGAUCGGGGUUCGGUCUGGACCGGUCGGAUUCCCGCUCCAGACCGGUUGUGGUUUUUUCUCCCAGUUUUUCUCCUGCGUGCGUGGCUCAUUCGGGGAUCGAGAUUGAGGCGGAAUACAAGAGCCUCUCUCCUGCAAUGAGAGGGAGAAGAGGAAGGCCGCCUAAACAAGCAGCAGAGAUGCGGGAAGGUUCACCCGGGCCAGUCCGGGGCUCUCGGGGCGGCAGGACUAGAGGGAUGCGUGGACGGGGAAGAGGCAGAGGAAGGGGCCGGGGGCGGGGAGUAGGUGUUGGAGUUUGCAGCAGUGGCCCCUUGGAGAUGGAUACAGAUAUCUGCGGGCGAGAGAACUUUAAUUCGUCUCGCGGCCGCAGGAAAGUUGGAGCCUCCACCGCGGCGGCUACGGCGACAUCACGGGGAAGAGGGAGCCGAAGCAGAGGCAGGGGUUCGAGAGGUGGCCGCGGCGGCAGAGGUGGAGUGAGGCGGCCUCAAACCAAGGUGGUCUACGACGAUAACAGCGACGAGGAGGAUGAUAAUUUAAGUUACCGAUCUGACGAAGAUGAACUGAACGACAACCCGUCGUCGGAUCUUGAAGAUGAGGAGGCCUUGGGAAACGAGUCGGACUAUCUGGAGGACCUACCGGAUGAUGAGGAUGCCAGCUACUGUACUGAGAGCAGUUUUAGGAGCCACAGUACGCUGGAGAGCACUCCAGGUCGAAAACGAAGUCGGGCUCUGCGACCACGCUCUCCUAUCCUUGAGGCAAAGGACAUUCCACCUUUGGAGCUCCCCAAGUCCUCUGAGGACCUCCUGGUUCCUACCUCACAGGUCCUCAAUGUUUCUGCGGUCUACGAGGUUCUGCGCAACUUUGGCACCGUCUUGCGUCUUUCCCUCUUUCGUUUUGAAGAUUUCUGUGCGGCCCUGACCAGCCAAGAACAGUGCACACUGCUGGCAGAGACCCACAUCUCCUUGCUCAAAGCUAUCCUCAGAGAAGAAGACACUUCAAACACCACAUUUGGUCCCGCUGACGUGAAGGACUCCGUUAACUCCACUCUAUAUUUUGUGGAUGGGAUGACUUGGCCGGAGGUGGUACGAGCGUACUGUGAGAGUGAUUCUGAAUACAGGCACGUUCUGCCUUUCCUGGAAAACGAGGAUUAUCCAUAUGAACCAUUGGAGAACAAAAUUAAAGUUCUCCAGUUUUUGGUGGACCAGUUCUUGGCAACUAAUAUUGCCCGGGAGGAGCUUAUGUCUGAAGGGGUGGUUGCCUAUGACGACCACUGCAGGGUGUGCCACCGUCUCGGCGACCUGCUGUGCUGUGAGACGUGUUCGGCUGUUUACCAUUUGGAGUGUGUGAAGCCGCCGCUGCAGGAAGUGCCAGAAGAUGAGUGGCAAUGCGAGGUGUGUGUGGCUCACAAGGUACCCGGCGUGGCAGACUGUAUCCCCGAAAUGCAAAAGACCAAACCGUUCCUCCGUCAGCUGCCGAUUGGCUUUGACAGACACCACCGUAAAUACUGGUUCCUGAACCGCCGGAUCGUUAUUGAGGAGGAAGGUGAGCAGGAAGAUAAAGCCACGUGGUACUACAGCACCAAGGUCCAGUUAGCUGAGCUGAUAGAUGGCUUGGAUAAGGAAUACUGGGAGGCCGACCUAAAUGCGGCUCUGGAGGAGAUCAGAGAUGAGGUGCACACUCACAUGGACAUCACCGAGGACCUAACCAACAAGGCUCGUGGCAGCAACAAGUGUUUCCUCACAGCGGCAAAUGAGGAGAUCCUGGAGCGACUGCGAGCCAAGAAGGAGGGCGAGCUGGAAGAGGUGAAGAGGCGAGCAGCUGAGGAGGCUCAGAAAGCCCGCUUGGAGAAGGAGGCUGAGGAGGCCAAGCUGAAGGACGAGGGACAGCAGGAUGGGGUGGUCAGCGAGCCAAUAAGGGAUGAGCAGGGGCCAAAAGAAGAGAUUGCACAGGAAAAAGAGGAUGAUGUCAAGAGCAGAGCCAGUGAAGAUGCCCUCACUGGUCAGGAUGGAAGCAGCGGUUGCAGCGCCUCAGAUGGACCUCCAUCGACCUCCUCUCUAGCACAAACCUCCUCUGGUCUGGUCUCUGUGACUCCAAAGCCCGUAGCUCCAACCUCAGAGGUCAAGACAGAAGGAUGUUCCAACAUGGAGGAGUCUCACAAAGCUGAAGGAAACCCAUCCUCCGCUUCUGUCCCUGUCUGUGGAGAGGGUGUUCCCAGUUUAAGCCAGCCCUCCCAGCCCUGCGAGGACAACAGCAACAGCAGCUUAGGGACUGGCGUCCCUCCGAGGGGUCCUGAACCUCCAGACUUGGCAGACCGGUCCUCUCAGUCAUCACUGGCAAGCCUCGAUGACUCAGGGGACAGUAAAGAGUCCUCCAACGGGGAGGCGGGGAGCCUGGGCAGUAAGAAAUCCUCAGCGACUCGCAUGGUGACCCGACUGAGGAACCCAGACAGCAAGCUGAGUCAGCUGAAAAACCAGCAGGUUGCUGCUGCCGUUCAUGAAGCCAACAAGGGCUUCAAGGAGGGCAAAGAGGUCCUGGUGGUAAACGCACAAGGUGACAUCACUCGGGUCAACACACGCAGCAGCAAGGAUGUGGUGAUGAAGGGGACCCUCAGCCAGUUCUUCAAGCUUGGCCAAGAGGGCAAGUACCGGGUCUAUCAUAACCAGUACAGCUCCAAUAAUUUGGCCCUCAACAAGCACCAGCACAGAGAGGACCACGACAAGAGGCGGCAUCUAGCUCACAAGUUCUGUAUGACAACGGCUGGAGAGUUCAAGUGGAACGGGUCCAUUCAUGGCUCCAAGGUUCUGACCAUCUCCACGUUGAGACUCACCAUCAUGCAGCUUGAGAACAAUGUUCCGGCGCCGUUCAUGCACCCUAACUGGGCCUCACACAGGACCAACUGGAUCAAAGCCGUUCAGAUGUGCAGCAAAGCCAGAGAGUUUGCUCUGGCCCUGGCCAUCCUGGAGUGUGCUAUUAAACCCGUGGCUAUGCUGCCGGUCUGGAAAGAUUCUCUGGGUCAUACAAGGUUAAACCGCAUGACGUCUAUGGAGCGUGAAGAGAAGGAGAAGGUGAAGAAGAGGGAAAAGAAGCUGGAGGACGAAGAGACGAUGCAACAGGCAACCUGGGUCAAGUACACGUUCCCCAUUAAGCACCAGGUGUGGAAGCAGAAGGGCGAGGAGUAUCGCGUUACAGGUUAUGGGGGCUGGAGUUGGAUUAGUAAGACUUACGUAUCCCGAUUUUAUCCCAAGCUACCCGGCAACACCAACGCCAACUACCGCAAAGAGCUAGAAGACGCUAAACUUGGGAAGAAAUGUUCCUUGUUGGAUCUGAGCCGACAGCCCAGUGCUGCCGCUGCUCUGGAGGCUUGGGACGGAUCUGCGUCGGGCGGCGAAACGAAAGAUCCCACGUGUGUCUCUGCGGCACCUGCUGAAGAGGCGCCCCCCACGGUGAAAAUGGAGGGAAUAAAGGAAGAAGAACUGGAUGAAAAGGAGGAGAAGAAGGAGUCAACAGUUGAGUCUCCUACUAAGAUGGAAGUGGAUGCCACACACUCGUCAAGAGAAGAGCAAACGUUUGCUCCGAAGCAGGAUAAGGCAACUCUAAAGGAGGAGGAGGAUGCUUCUCAGCGACCGUUCAACUACGACGUCGUUGAUGUCAGCAAGGGGUUCCUUACCCGUAUCGCCUACAAGAGAAAGGUGAAGACCUCCAAGCUGGACGGCCUGCUGGAGCGCAGAGUGAAGCAGCAACUAAUCGAAGAGGGUCGAAGACAGCAGCUUUCUGCAUCCAAACCUCCGGGAUCUCCAGCAGUUUCAUCCUUGGUUCCUGCUCUGAGCACUCCAGUCCGGCCGCGGUCGCCGCUCAGGCCCCACGCUCUCGCACGGACACAGCUCACGCUGGAAGGAGCUGUGAAGGUGGAGGAAACUCCUUACGCACCACCUCCAGAGUCAGACGAGGCGGGAGGAAACACAGUUAGACUCCCUAAGGCUCCUCCUCCCCCUGUUUCAGACUCAACACCCACAGGCAGUUGCAAUACAGGCGCAGGUGAAAACUCAGGUUUGCCUCUUGAUCAAACCACCUCGAUGCACCAAGAACUGGAGGAAAGGACUACACGGCUCAAGGAAACCAGUUCAGAAGGUUUAGAUCAAGAGGCCGUCAGGCUGUCUGAUGUGAGCAAGUCAGAAUCUGCGGAGGUUGGAAGCUCUUUAAAGCAACUUAUAGCUUCUGUUACAUCAAAUGUAACCAGGGCUGAACGUGCUGGAAAUGCAGGGUCUGACUUUGUAAAAACACACUGUAGUGUUCAGAAAAUCGGUGAAAACACGUUUCACUUUAAACCUGUUGAGAAAAACCCAGAAACUGUGAGCUCUGGGCUUUCUGGCUCAGAGGGAAAUGGCUUAGGACCAGAGCAGAACCAAGUAAGCACACAGGACUUUGGAUACAAUGGGACCGUCUCUGAGGGCACUUCCAAGCCAGUUUCCCCUCUGCCUCAGGUAAAUGGUAACGAUGGCUUGGAAAGUGAACGCGUUUUGAGUUUAAAUAACGGCGUGCUCACUGACAGGCCUCAGCCGCAGCUGAACAACAUCGGUAAAGCUGAGGAACCAAAGAUGGCCGUCUCGCUGAAAGACGGCUCGCAGCAAAAGCCGUUUGUGAAUGGAGACUCGGCUCCUGUAAAUGACAUCGUAGCCGUUAAGGAGCCGUCUUUGGAUUCUGACGUAGAAGGAAAGGUAACGAUGUUGGACCAGGAUUAUGAGCCUUCGACUAAAAUGACGAAGCUCGAGACAGACCCAGUUGGAGCUCGGUGCAUUCUGCAGAACCACAACUCCUCAGCUUUUAACACCAUGAAGCCCAAGUCCGUGCCUGUGGUUAAGAUCAUACGAAUGGCUCCUUCUCCUGUUCCUUCAGCAGAGGAGUCCAGCCUGAGCGACGACUUUAACGACGAAAACAGCAACAGUGGUUCGACGGAGCCAUUUCGGACCAUCGUCACCCAGGUAACCUCAACCUCCACCACAACCGUCGUCUCCACUGAGAUGAAGAUUUCCAAAGUGCCGCUGAAAGCAUCCAGCGAGUCUACGUCGCCCGUGGCGUCAAUGGAGGCCAGCGCCGUCUCUACGCUCUCUACUAUGACCAAAACAACAGUGACCAAAAUUUGUUCCUCUGGACUCGAUGGUCCUUUGGACAGCCAGAGUGGGUUAGUGACGCGGGAACAGAGAACGACACAAUCAGCCUGCUUCCUGGAGUCUGCGACUGACACCCGGGGGAAAACUACCAUCUCCUCUGUCGCUGGGAGCCAGGAAGAAUGUUCAUCAACGAAGGGCUGCGUGAGACUUCUCAAAUUCUCCCGCAUGAAGAAAAUGCGCUCAGAUACGGCGCUUCCUUCUUACCGCAAGUUUGUCACCAAGAGCAGCCGGAGGAGUAUCUUUGUUCUGCCCCAUGAUGACUUGAAGGUGUUGGCGAGGCGGGGCGGAUUCCGCGAGGUUCCCGUUUUCAGUUACAACGCCAAGCCGGCUCAGGAUAUCUGGCCUUAUCCGUCACCUAGACCCACAUUCGGCAUCACUUGGAGGUACCGGCUGCAAACGGUCAAGUCCCUGGCUGGAGUGAGCAUCAUGCUGAGGCUCCUGUGGGCCUGCCUGAGGUGGGACGACAUGGCCGUGAAACCUUCUGCUGCUGUUGGCACCACGCGUACAGCCCUAUCCCCACUCAUUGCCACAGAAACAUCCGACACUGAAAUCACCACCACCGAGAUCAUAAAGCGGCGCGAUGUGGGACCCUACGGCAUUCGCUCGGAAUACUGCAUCCGCAAAAUCAUCUGCCCCCUGGGAGUUCCUGAGACGCCAAAAGAAACACACACUCCUCAGAGGAAAGGCCUACGCUCUAGCGCCUUGCGCCCCAAGAAGCCGGAGCCCGCCAAACAGACGGGUCCAGUGGUGAUUGAGACGUGGGUUCCUGAAGAGGAGCUGGACCUCUGGGAGAUACGAGCCUUCUCAGAAAGAGUUGAGAAAGAGAAAGCUCAAGCAGCAGAGCAGGCGAAGAAACGUCUGGAGCAGAAAUCCGCCUCAGUCACAGCGACACCGGCAGGAACUCCCGUUGUGUCCGCCGCCACACCAAAAGUCAUCGUUGGGUCCAUAUCGGGCCAGGGCACCCCCAGCGCCAAAGUGGUGCUGUCCACCAAGAUGGGCACCCCCGUCACAUUCCAGCAAAACAAAAACUUCCAGCAGUCGUUUGCUUCCUGGGUCCAGCAGGGUCAAAGUUCACAAGGAACGAGUGCAGAGACCACCGUGGCCACGUCUAGUGGGCACACGUUACACAUAACAGGAACCUCAGCCAGUGGAAAGGUGGUGACCACAAAGCUGCCGCUGCCCGCCAACAGCAAGAUCGUCACGGUCAACGUGCCAACGACUCACGCAGGUGUGGUUCAGCAGAAAGUGUUGGGCAUCAUCCCGUCCAGUACGGCAACCGGUUCCCAGACUUACACCACAUUCCAGCCUCGCACCACCACGCUCAACAUCAGGCCCAAUACCCCCGGCUCCCAGCAGCAGGUUGUGGCUGGCGGUGGUCAGAUCCGUCCAGGAAUGACAAUGAUCCGAACCCCGAUCCAGCAGGCGGGAGCUGUUGGGAAGACAAUUCUCCGAACACCCCUCAUGGUCCAGCAAGGUCAAGGUGGACAGCAAGUGGUGACACAGAUCAUCCGUGGACAGCCUGUUUCCACAGCCAUCUCUGCUGCCAGCCCCGUCACCACGGCAACCAGUCAGGGCGUGUCCAGCCCCACCGCAGCAGGCCAAACACCCCCCGGCACCCCGCGGACACCAGGCCAAGGCCAGGUCAAACUCACCAUGGCCCAGCUGACACAACUCACUCAGAAGCAGCAGGCCGGUGUCGCUUCGGACCGACAGACUGGUGUUGGCGGUUCUCAGCAGGCGCUGACGGUGAUGGUUCAAGGCCAGGGUCAGACCACCGGCCAGCUGCAGCUCAUACCUCACGGGGUUACCGUCAUCCCAGGACCUGGUCAGCAGCUCAUGCAGGCAUCGCUGCCCAACGGCCAGGUGCAGCGCUUCCUCUUCACCCCCUUAGCCUCCGCUGCCACACCCACAUCAAGCACAGCCUCCAGCCAUCCCAGCAGAACCCCCACCCAGCCUGGACAGCAGUCUGCUGCUCAGCCAGGGGUUUCCCCGCUCACUGCUGCUGGUGCCCCCCAGGGCCACUUGCCCACUCAGACGCAGACCCAUGUGGCCAUUCAGUCUCCCUCUUCACUGCAAGUCAAAACUCAGGGUGGAACAGCCCAGCUGCAACUGCAGCAGGCGCCCCAGAUCAUCAGUAUGUCUGGACUGCCCCAGCAGGUACAGGUUCUGGCCCAGCUACAGGCUCAGCAGGGUGGAGGCUCUCUGCCACAGCACAUCAAGCUGCAGCUUCCCAUCCAGAUACAACAGAGUGGGACCUCCUCGGCCCAGGGUGGACAGAUUGGAAACGUAGUUACCAUCCAAGCAGCGUCUGUCCAAGAGCAACUGCAAAGGAUCCAGCAGCUCCGAGAGCAGCAGCAGCAGAGGAGGAGGCAAGCCGCUGAAGCAAAGAGAGAGCUCGCUCUGAACGCAGCCAACCAGAGCGACAUCAUUCAAAAACAGGUGGUUAUGAAGCAAAACGCUGCGAUCGAACACCUAAAGCAGAAGAAGACCUUGACCCCUGCAGAGAGAGAAGAAAACCAGAGGAUGAUUGUUUGCAACCAGGUGAUGAAGUUCCUCCUAGACCGAAUAGAUAAAGAUGAAAGGCAGGCAGCCAAGAAAAGGAAGAAGGAGGAGGUUGUGGAGGCCAAAAGGAGGUUAGCCAAUGCUAGCAAGCUCUCCAUGCUGCUUUACCGACACAAAGAAAGCCUGAAGAUGGAGAUUCUGAAGAAGAGGGCGCUUCUGGACAAGGAGCUGCAGCUGGAGGCUCAGGAGGAGUUGAAGAGGGACUUGUUACGGAUGCGGAGGGAGAAGGAAAGGGAGAAGGCCGCCGCCCAGCUGGCUGCUCAGGCGGCGGCGGCUGCUGCUCACAAUCAGAAACAGCAAGCUCUAGUGCACAAGCACGGCCUCUCCUCCCAGCACCUCACCACGACCGUCACCUCCUCGCACAAGAGGAAACGGGAAGAGGAAAGAGAAACGGUGACGACAGCCAAGUCCAAAAAGAAGAAGAUGAUUUCUACAACGAGCACAAAGGAGAGCAAGAAGGACACAAAGCUCUACUGCAUCUGCAAGACUCCCUACGACGAGACCAAGUUUUAUAUCGGCUGUGAUCUUUGUACCAACUGGUAUCACGGAGAAUGUGUGGGCAUCACAGAGAAGGAGGCCAAGAAAAUGGACGACUACAUCUGUGUGGAGUGUAAACGGGGUCAGGAGAGCAACACGGAGGAGCUCUACUGCAUCUGUCAGACUCCCUAUGACGAGUCCCAGUUUUACAUCGGCUGUGAUCGAUGUCAGAACUGGUACCACGGUCGCUGCGUGGGAAUUCUGCAGAGCGAGGCCAACCACAUCGACCAGUACGUGUGUCCGCAGUGCCAGUCCACUGAAGACGCCAUGACGGUCUUCACCCCACUCACCGAUAAGGAUUACGAAGGCCUGCGAAGGACCCUUCGCUCGCUGCAGGCACAUAAGAUGGCGUGGCCGUUCCUGGAGCCGGUGGAUACGAACGACGCCCCUGAUUAUUACAGAGUUAUUAAGGAACCAAUGGACCUGUCCACCAUGGAGGAGAGGUUACACAAACGAGAGUACGUCAAGCUGACGGAGUUUGUGGCGGACAUGACCAAAAUCUUCGACAACUGCCGAUACUACAACCCCAGCGAUUCGCCCUUUUACCAGUGUGCCGAGGUUCUGGAGAACUUCUUUGUCCAGAAGCUCAAAGGCUUCAAAGCCAGCAGGUCUCAUAACAACAAGCUGCAGUCAGCUGCCUCUUAGGUGUCAAAAAGACACAUUGAUUAAUUUGGACCUGUAGUCCAAGUCCGUUCUCUCUGGAGGAGGGGGGCGGAGUCAAAAGCGUCCUCCUUUCCACCGACUCAAAGGGGUAAAGAAGUGAAGCCUCUUUCCUCCUUCAGACCAGGACCGGGGCAGCUGUUGCUGCUUGUUCGUCCCGACCAGCCCUUCCUACAAAUGUAACCCCUCCGUGAGAAGAAAGAUGGAGAUAAGAGGAGUAACAAAGCUGGCAGUUUAACCUCUCAGCAGGCGUCUGUGGGAUUCAUUUCUACAUGAUGUGGUCUGUUCUUCCCACUCAACGUUGGUUGGAUUUCAUUCGUAGGUGCAGCUUUUCCUCUACUCCCUCAGUUACCCAAUGACCGUAGCUUUCUGUCAAAUAAAAACCUGAAAUAACGAGCUUAUUCGGUCAGUGUUGGAUCAGUGGUAUACUCACCUCUCAGGUGUGGUGAACUAAACCUGAAUCUCAAACCAAACCUGUAAUGUAAGGGUUUUUUUUGUCUGAAAUGCUUUCAUGUUCAUUUCCAGUGGGGAAAACCACACUGGAUAGAUUAUCCCACCCUUCGUCUGGUCUUCUGUUUUAACCUUUUUCCUCAUGCAAGUAAAAUUGGCCUUUUCCCAGAUGAGAGGCUGAUGGUGAUUUCUGCACCGUCUCAUCCUGGUUUUGUGUCUUUUCCUCAUUUUGGAAGUCUCCUCGUCUUUCUUCCAGCGCUGAAGUUGACAGGUUGGCUCAUACGUCUCUCAGCUCCAUCCCAGAGCGUGGUUCGGUAAUUGGAUAAUGAACUUAUCGACUCAGUUAUGUUGCGGUCUGCGGCGGCCUGACUGGGAACUGUAGAUUCUUUGUACUGUGGAGGUUUGUAUGAAAAAAAAAAUUUAUAGCUGCAUUUUUCAGGCGUAUCUCAGAACACUUUUUGCUGGAAUUGAUCCGUUUUGUAGGAAAAAAAGAAUCUGCAAGUGGACAGGGUCGUCUCUAAGGUUCAUGUGUGAAAAGUUUUAGUUUUAACCCAAAAACUUACAUUUUAAAGAGCAAGUCACCCCCUACAAGAAACUUACUUCACUCCCACUUCAUGUUUGAAAAAUGCAACAAAUGCUGUUGCUUGGCAGACCGAGAGGGCGGAGCCGCUAACAAAUACACACACACACAGGCUCACAAUGGCAUUGUGACAUCAUAAUGUACCAGAUGACAUCAUAGCAUACCUCUUAGCCAAUAGCGGUGGCAGAUUUAAAUUCAAAUACAGUACAGAAUUUUUCCCUGACGACGGCGCAACACUGACAGUUUUAGGCAGAAUAUUUGAAUUUUAACUAAGAUGCACUGAAGUGCCAAAUUAUUGACGACACGUGUCUGCAGCACGAUUAGACACUCGUUUAUAUAGUUUAUCAGCAAAAAAAAAUGUGAUUUGGGGGUGACUUGCUCUUUAACUGAGGAAGCAGAGUUGAGAUGGAGCGUCCGUCUUCUUCUCUUUGUCACUUUGUAUCACAACGAUGUGCUUUUCUCACUGUCUGUAAUCAUUGUAUAAAACUGCUGUCCAAAAAUGUAGAGAUAAAAGACUUUUAGAGGAAUAGAAGCUUUUAUUUUCUCUAUUUAAACCAGCGACUAAGUCCUGUAUAUUUGAACUGUUAUUUUUCUCCUUGAUUGACACAGACUCUACAUUUUGGUGAAACUGACCUUUAUAUGAUACGUGCUGCACAUUGUGAGCAUAAUGGAUUUCAACCAGGUGGAGUGACAUAGUUUGUACAGUUUUUUUUUUUGGUAAAAAUUGUAGUUCAGUAUAACUGACAUUGCAUUUCUUGUAUUAUUUAUUCAUAUUGAUGAAAAGGUUUGUUUUAAUUUUCCUGUUUUUAAAGUAGGAUGUUGAAAAAUGUAACUGAAGAUUUAAAAUAAAAAGCACUAUGUUUUUAACGGAUUGUGGCCACUCUGAAGAGAUUCUCUUUUUGUACUUGAUAGGACGUUUCAUCUUGGAUAAUAAAAUAAUGUUUUGAAUGA